GUGAAAGUGAUUAGUUCCCCACUCCGGUUAUAUACCGGAAAGAAGGUUUGGGCAGGGUGGUGAAAAUAGCUUUGUACAUGGAUAUGUUGCAGUCAUCAUGGGUACAAAGCGGGGAAGCUGCUAAAGAUAAAUUCUUGUUUCUUGUGUUUGGAAAUAUAUUGCAUUAGUAUUUUGAAAAUGGACUGAGGAUGGAUAACACCAUGAAGACCAAGACUGGGACUAUUGCCAACUUUGAUUCUUGGUUGGAAAAAGCAGGACAGUCUUAUUCUCUUUUAUCGGAUGAAGAGAGGAACAAAGUUUUAGAUCAUUUGAUAACUAUAAGUACACCUUCUCAGUUGUACCACCUUUCACAGAAACUUGAUGAUUUGGUAAAAAGGGACUUUCUUCAGUUGCCAACAGAGGUGUCUUUUCAUUUGAUAAGCUUUCUGGAUCCUGCAAGUUUGUUGACAUGUUGCAUGGUGAACAAGCAGUGGAAUAGAGUUAUCAAUAGCUGUGGUGAUGUUUGGAGAAGAGCAUGUCAAAGCAUAGGUGUGAAAUGCACAAAGGAGGACCAAAGUGGGCAGUAUUACAAAGAACUCUUUUUGACUGUAUCUGCACGUUUGCAGAAGAUGAAGAAUGGCAGUGCCUUUGAGAGCCGAGUUCUUUAUGGGCACACAGACAGAAUCAUGGCUAUUUUCUACAGGGAAGGAAAGUUGGCUACAGGUUCUGAUGACCACACAGUCAGGUUAUGGGAUUGUAAAGAUGGACAGUGCCUAAAGGUUUUUGAUACUCACACAGUGGCAGACCUGAAAUUUGAUGACCAUUAUCUUGUUACUGGCUCUUUUGAUAGCACAGCUGCCUGUUGGGAGGUAGACACAGGCAAAAAGCUACGGCAAUAUCAGGGUCAUGUAGCAGCUGUAUUCACCAUCGAUUUUAACACAGACUUAAACAUUCUAGUAACUGGCUCAGCAGAUAACACAGUCAAACUCUGGUCAUUUGAUACUGCCAAUUUGUUGCAAACAUUCACCAGUUACAGUGACUGGGUGACAAAGGUUGUUAUCGUGAAAAACACAGAGAUGCCAUCACUUUAUCACAUCAUCUCUGCGUCCUCGUCAGAUGGGCCGACAGUUACACUGGCAACAUUGGACCGUGAUCAUGAAACCCAGGGAGGGCUAACAUGGAGAUUUAGGCACUAUGUCCCCCAUUUUCAGAUCAAAAAUGAUAUCCUAUAUUUUCCCACUGUGACUUCUAAAGGUGCUAUUAUGAAAUUAGAACAAUUAGACCACACCACAGAGGUAUCCAACACAUCAUAUCAGAAGUUCUGGGACAGCAGUGAUGUUCAUGUUAUAUUAGGAAUAGGGUCCAAAUAUUUUGCUUUUAUAUGUGGUGAGCCCCCUGUAUUAAAAGUAAUAGAGACACCAGAGAUCAGAGCCAAUGGGAAAUCCAUGGACUCUGCAAGAGGUGUUGUUAUAUCAUCAAAAAAUAUUCCGAAUGUCAGGUUGUCCAAAAGAGGUUCCACAUUUACCCUGGGUGAAAUGGGAUGGUUAGAUGGAAUGAGUGAUGCCAACCAAAAAGGAGUAAUAUUUGCAGCAAGCCUGCAAGACAAUGGGGUAUACAUCUUGAAGUGGAAGAGGAGAAAAAAACAGAGAAGAGCAGUUCAUUUUGACUUGUAAAAUCAAAAAUAUUUUGACAGAAUUUGUUUUAAGAGUGAAAUUAAGGUAUCCAAGAGACACUGCUUAAUGAUACAAGUUUUAUUUGUUGACCUGUUUUAAUUUUUGCUGUUGCAAAUUCAGUUUAUUUAAUCAUUUUACUCUAAAUUUUAUCUUAAUUUAUUGGCAUUUUGCUGUCAUAUACUGGAGACAAUGUCUUAUCAUUUAUUUAAACCAUACAGGCUUUGUAAAAUAUUUGGUUUAUAGGUCAUUGCAAUUUUGUUUUUCUUGUAUUACUAAUAUGAAUUGAGAAAACCAUUUGUAAGUAGACAUGCCUAAUUGGUAAAGCCACUUUUUUGUUGUAACUAAUGAUGUUUCAAAUUUCAUGCAGGAUUGCCAAUGGAAAUGAAGGGAUUGGACUGAUUCAUGAAUUUAUUUGAUAUAAUUUACAAAAUGUGGUUUGAUAUUAGGUAAAAUCUCACUCUUAAAAUUGUGAAUGCAUCCUUUGUACAAGUUUCAUAAUACAUGGUACAUAUUUCUUAAUGUAAUACCAAAGUAAAAGGCAUGGUUGAAAUCGUUUUAGUUCUUGUUUCACCAAAUGGUCUCUUGUUAAGUCUGAACCCAUUUUCUAUUCACUGCACCUUUGCUCAAUACAGUUUUAACUGAAAUGUUUGGCAGUGAAACACACCAUUUCAAAUAAUUGACUGUACACCUGUUUUAAGAAUCUGACCUUAUAUUAUCACCAAAAUAAAAUAGAAUAUGAAAGA